AUGCAUAGACAGUUCCCCCUUGUAGAUCUCACCCCCUACUCACUCACUUUCUGCCCUCCGCCUGGCCACCAGUUUUCCCCGUCUAACACCAUGCCACUAACAGAAGAACAAAAAGCAAGGUUUCAGGACUUUCUGCAAGACAGCCUGGAAUUCUAUGUUUCGAAAGCUUUGAAGCUUCAGCCAACUAUACGAUACUACGUACUAGCGUUGGACUGUAACAUCCAAGAAAACUGUGAAAUUUGCACCGCUUUGAAUGACCCAAAAUCUUUUCAGGACACAGCUGAAAAAUACUACGCAGACAGAGACCCAGAGUACUUGAGGACAGAAAUAAAAUACAACAGUGGCGAUUUCAACAAUAGUUCUGCAAGGAUUGAGGCACUCGACCUUUUCCCCAACCAAAUACUGGAAGACAGUCAAUGCCAGUCUAUUUUGAAUGAAUUAUUGAAGCAGAUGGUGAUCUUUAUGGAAAAUCCAAAAUCGAGCUACCAUUCGAUCCCUAAAACGGAUAACUUUAAAGUCAUUGUCUAUGACCACGACCAGGACCCCUCCGUCGCCUUUCAAGCCCAGCAUAAACUGUACCCCAAACCGGAAUUUUAUCUAGGCUAA